AUGCUCCUUACACUGGUGAUCAGUGAGAAGAAUGCCCCUUACAUUGGUGGUCAGUGAGAACGCCCCUUACAUUAGUAGUCAGUGGGAAGAAUGCCCCUUACAUUGGUGGUCAGUGGGAAGAAUCUCCCUUACAUUGGUGAUCAGUGAGAAGAAUGUUCCUUACAUUGGUGGUCAGUGGGAAGAAUGCUCCUUACAUUGGUGGUCAGUGAGAAGAACGCCCCUUACAUUGGUGAUCAGUGGGAAGAAUGUUCCUUACAUUGGUGAUCAGUGGGAAGAAUGCCCCUUACAUUGGUGAUCAGUGAGAAGAAUGCUCCUUACAUUGGUGAUCAGUGAGAAGAAUGUUCCUUACAUUGGUGGUCAGUGGGAAGAAUGCUCCUUACAUUGGUGGUCAGUGAGAAGAAUGUUCCUUACAUUUGUGGUCAGUGAGAAGAAUGCUCCUUACAUUGGUGAUCAGUGGGAAGAAUGCUCCUUACAUUGG